AUGCCGGAGCAUAACUGGUCGGCGUACGAGGAGGCCCUCAAUGCGAAUUUGGAUCUUGCCAAGAUGAUAAUCAGUGGCGUCGUCUACUCCCUCGGCGACUGGAUAGCACAGUUUGACCGUACCCGUAUGUUCUGGUCUGGCCUCGUAGGGUUCACCCUCCAUGGAUCCCUUUUGCACUAUUACUACCAUUUCUGCGAGUCGUUGUUCCCGUUCAAGGAUUGGUGGGUUGUGCCUAUCAAGGUUCCGGCUUUGUCUGCGUUGUGGAACAACAUCUACUUUGUCGCCCUGGGCUUCCACUACAAAAAAUAUGUCAACUUGUGA